AUGAGGAAAUAUGUGGCACAAUGGAUGAAUCCAAUGAUGGAGCAGAGAAGGCACUCGAAGAGGCAGGGUGAAACUGCUGUGGCUGCUGUGACUACUGUUGUACCUACUAUAGAAUCCACUCCUGGUACAGCUGAAACUGAUAGAGCUGUUGUAGAAUCUGAUCUUGAAACUGCUACUGUUGGACUGAUAAAAUUAAAAAGAUCAUUAAGUGAGAUAGAGCAUGCUCGAGCAAUAUUUGAACUUGCGAUUGCUCAACUUACAUUGGACAUGCUAGAGCUGUUGUUGAAGGCUUACAUUGACUUCGAGAUAUCAGGGGGUGAAUAUGAGAGAAUAAGACAACUUUAUAAGAGGUUACUUGAUCAAACAAAGUACUUGAAGGUAUGGAUUAGUAAUGCCAGAUUUGAGGCUUCAGCUAGUAUAGAAGAUGAAGAGUAUGCUGAAUUGAAAAGAUCAUUAAAUGAGAUAGAACGUGCUCAAGCAAUAUUUGAACUUGCGAUUGCUCAACUUACAUUGGACAUGUCAGAGCUGUUGUGGAAGGCUUACAUUGACUUUGAGAUAUCAGAGGGUGAAUAUGAGAGAAUAAGGCAACUCCAUGAGAGAUUACUUGAUCGAAUAAAAUACUUAAAGGUAUGGAUUAGUUAUGUCAGGUUUAAGGCUUCAAUUGGUAUAGAAGAUGAAGAGGUGGGUGGGGAGGCUCCAGAUACAGCAUUGUUAUAUGAAAAGCUGUUGUGGAAGGUUUAUAUUGACUUCGAGAUAUCAGGGGGUGAAUACGAGAGAAUAAAGCAACUCUAUGAGAGGCAACUUGAUCGAACAAAGCACUUAAAAGUAUGGAUUAGUUAUGCUAGAUUUGAGACUUCAGCUGGUAUAAAAGAUGAAGAGGUGGGUGGGGAGGCUCUGGAUACAGUAUUGUUACAUGAAAAAAGAUUAUUAAGUGAGAUAAAACGUGCUCGAGCAAUACUUGAACUUGCGAUUGCUCAACUUAUAUUGGAUAUGCCAAAGCUGUUGUGGAAGGCUUACAUUGACUUCAAGAUAUUAGAAAAUGAAUACGAGAGAACAAGAUAA